AUGGUAGCGCACAGAGUGCACAAAAUGGACGGAUUUGAUGAAACGAAAAUGAAACAGCUGCAGCUGUUGAAGGAAAAAAUGAAAAUAGCCAAAGCACAAAAAGUGGAAGAAGUAAAAAAAAAUGAAGAUAUUUUUUCCCUCUCGCAUGAUGUAAAAAAUGUGAGAUCAUUUGAGACACAAGAUAUCAGAUUUAAUAAAAUUGGGAAAAAAAUUUUCGAUGCUUUUACUCCUAAUAAAAAAGCAACACAUAUUAAGGGGACUAAUAGUAGGUACCCUUUUCAGCAAGCCAAAAGCGCAAAUGCUAACUUCCCCUUUAAGACAAAAAAUGGACUCAUCAAAUUAGGAAAUGAAUCGAAUGCAUUUGAUACACCACUAACGUUUGAAGAAGUGAUGCGAAGAAAAAAUGAGAAGAAAAAAAUGCAACUGGAGAAAAGUGGAGAGAAUGCCAUGGUUGAGGAUAUUUUGAAUAAUGUGAGGCAGUUUAAUUUAAGUGAGAAUCGGGAGGACAGAAAGGAGUUGAGCCUUCUUCAGGGCAGACAUCGCUCCUACCCGGGUAAUACCAGUGGUAGGCAUGCCGACGAGGAGGAACAACUCGACCAGGCAAAUCAAGACAGUCACGCGGGAAGUACCGAUGUGUAUGGCGACAUGUAUAGUAGUAGCCCCCUGAGGCAACUGCACGAAACGAAUCGCGUGAGUAACUAUGAUGAUGCAGAUGGAUUACACCAAAGCAAACUACAUGACAAAGCCACGAACAACGAACAAGCCUUAAGUGGAUACACAACUGACAACAAUUAUUCAAUAAAUGGAAAUGUCUCGAAUAACACCAGUUCGUUUGGCAUGGAUGUAAUGAGGAACAGUCAGUCUCCUUCUCAUGGUAUGAAUUCUUUCAAUAAUUAUUUCUCAAACCAGGUGGGUAAAGGUCAGGAUGCUGCACAAAACGGUGCAGAUUUGAACAGGACUUCCCCUCUCGGUGUUAACAAUGUGGGCAAUCCUCUUAGUGAGAGCUUCCCGGGUACCUGCGGUGGGAGUGGAGUAAGCGGCUUGUUUGGCAAUCGUGGAGACCUAAUCAAUCGCAGUGGAAAUAACAUUUUUGGGUGUAGCCUAGCCAAGUUAAACCAAUCCAAUUUUAACCAAACGGUGAACACUUCGAGUUCAGGUCAAGGCCCAAGUAUGAAUAUGCUCAAGGGGAAUCAUAACAGUAUGACUCCCUCUGCUAGCAGUGUCGGCAAGGGGGAGGUGCGAGGGGAGAAUGCCCACAGCCUGUUUCAGAGCAGUGGAAAUAGCACUCUCGGAGCAAGUAACAUUUUCGGCACGCAUAACGCACCUAUUGGGAGUAACCAACCUGGUACGAACAGCUCUCUUGUGCCCCCAUCUCCAAACCAAGGCAUCGAAGCGAGUUCCCUAUUCGCUCGCAACGAUGGAAAUAGUAAUGGAAACAACACAGGCAGUCUUUUUAACAACUCAUUUAGUGGUAAUAAUUUGAACAGCACGCGGAACGCGCCAGAUUCAGCAAGCAAAGGUGGCCUCUUCAACAUCACCAGCGAUGGCAACGGGGGCAACGUUUUUGGAAAAUCGAGAAGCAACGUUCACCUGUUUAGUGGCAGUGGGGGUAUCUUCGGGAAGUCCAGCAGCGGCACCACGAACUUGUUUGGAAUUGCAGCUAGCGAGAAGAACCCAUUUGGGAGCGCCGCUAAUGAGCAGAACCCAUUUGGGAGCGCCGCCACCGAGAAGAACCCAUUUGGGAACGCCGCCACCGAGAAGAACCCAUUUGGGAGCGCCGCUAGCGAAAAGAACCCAUUUGGGAGCGCCGCUAACGAAAAGAACCCAUUUGGGAGCGCCGCCACCGAGAAGAACCCAUUUGGGAACGCCGCCACCGAGAAGAACCCAUUUGGGAGCGCCGCUAACGAAAAGAACCCAUUUGGGAGCGCCGCUAGCGAAAAGAACCCAUUUGGGAGCGCCGCCACCGAAAAGAACCCACUCGAAAAGGCAAAUAGCGGAAAAGGCAUUUUCGGGAACGUUCCAGGCAGCAGCAAACCCUUUGGAAACACGGCGGGCAGCGGCAACCCCUUCGGAAGCCCCCCCAGCGGAAGUAACAUUUUUGGAAUCCCCGCGAAUGCGAGUAGUAACCUUUUUGGGAAGUCGUCCGGAGGAACCAACCUCUUUAACAAAAGCGGAGGUGUUAGCAGCACGAGCCAGUUCAGCAACGCGAACAGCUUUUUUGGGAAGCCCCCCGUGGGUAGCAGCAUUUUCGGCAGCAGCAGUAGCAGUUUGGUGAACAAUGUGAACAGCUCCUUGAAGAGCGACGGCGCGCUGUUGGCCGACUCUGCCCGGGGCGCCACGGUUUCCGGUGUUGGCGGUGUUGGCGGUGUUGGCGGUGUUGGCGGUGUUGGAAGCGUUAGCUGUGUUGGAAGCGUUGGUGGCAUGCUCAGUGCCAACGCUCAGAGCACCCCCGACAGUAGGUGCGGCGCCCCUGGUGAGAGUCUCCCGAAUACAAGCAGCAAGUUAAUAAGUGACGGUUCCCAAAACAGUAGUGUAAAUUCAGCUCAAAGGGGGGGUCCCACCAGCAAUGUUGGCCUUCCAGGCAGCGGCAGAAAUGUUGGCCUUCCAAGCAGCACCAACCGUUUUGGCCUCCCAAGCAUGGGCGGAAGUGCCAUCACCGUCCCGUCCCAAGCAUACCAUAGUAGAGUCACAAAUGGGAUGCGAAACAACAGUGACGUGAAUGCAAGAGUUAUGCAAUUUAAGAAUACCCUGUCGAAUAUUAAAAGUAAAAGAUCAGGAGAUCCUAACGAAUCGAUGGCACGUAGCAGUGGGGACAAUGAAACCGCAGGGGAUCAAACGGGUGUGGGUAGUUUCCCCGAUACGAGUGAACAACCCCCUGGAGAGGAGAAUCCACUUGGGGUGGAAAAAAAUGACGCAGGUGCAGGCGCAGAUGCAGAUGCAGAUGCAGACGAAGAAUCAUUACAGCAUCUUAAUGGAGAGAAAACAAAAGAUAGUAAUAAUGACGUGGCUGCAAAGCCAACAUGUGAUAAUCACAGUGGAGAAUCAGCCAAAGGAAGUCAUAACAAUGGCAAGGAUGAGGGCACUACCAUUCGAAGGACUUUCUCAAGUUAUUUUAACACGUUCAUUCCGUCGAUAUUUUCAAGCCCUAAUAAGCAAGCCUCAAAGGAGGAGUACCCCAAAGGGGGCGCUUCAAAUGGGGAGGUUAAGACGAGCAGUGUGGAGGUGAAGACGAGCAGCGUGGAGGUGAAGACGAGCAGCGUGGAGGAGAAUACCAACUUGGAGGUGAAAAAAAAUGGGCAUGUUAGCCCAGUUGGUAAGGAUGCAUCGGAGGGGGACAAGCUGGAUACAAAUCCCCUCCGCAGUGACAAGGAGGGAGAGACGAAGACAUUCUUUAGGGCCAACCCCCCUUUGACGGACCCACCGAAUGGAGCUCUCUCUUCACAAACCGAUGGUGCUAACACGCUGACAAGCAAUCAUGACAGUGUUUUAUUAAAUGGGGAAAAAGCAAAUGGAUUUCAACAGUUCGAUCCGUUUGUAGAUUCUCACAAGCCGAAUAGUAGCAACCACGAGGUGCCAUCAUUUAGUAACCCAAAUGAGACACAGAGUCACGCCGUAGGAGAACCUGAGCAGAUGCACAACAUGAAGAAAGCUGAAGUGCUAAAUCUCCCAUUUGGCGUUAAUCAAAACGGUGCAUUAAAUCCUCUCAGUGAUGAGAAUAACAAAACGGGCAGUUUAUUCAAUCAUGCAGCUAGCGUUCCAACUAGUGGGACCCACCCAGGGGUAGAAUGCAAAAUGAACCCCACGGCGGGGAUUUCCUUUUCCAACAUAAAGGCUGGAGGCAAUGUAGAUGAGGUUGGGACGUUGCCCAGUUCGGUGACCCCCGCUUUGGACGAGAAAUCGGGUAGGAGCUUCCUCAUGGGUAGUGCGUUGGAUAACGUUAAUAGCGAACAGAAAAGCAGUCAUGCCGUAUCUGGUGUGAACAGUAGAGGUGAUGAACCCCGGGAUAUCUUUCAGAAGGACCCAAGUUACAACCACCUGAUCGAAGUAGCCAAUGAAGACAGCUCAGAAAAUAAAGAGAAUCUCGAAAAAAUGAAUCAAAUAUAUAAAAAUAUAAAUUGCAUAAACAAAAAUAUAAGCUAUAUUAAUAAGUACGUUCCGACCACUAUUGAAGAUGUGGACAAUUAUUUGCAUGAGAAUAUCACGUCGGUGCAAAAUUACGACGCCUUGUCUAGCGCAAACCGAGCGUGCCUAGAAAAAAUGAACGCACCUAGUAGUUCCGCACAGUCAAAUAGGGAAUUAAAAAAUAUGAUAAACGUUUUGAAUAAGCAAAUAGGUAGAGGUGGUGGAGAUACCAAGGGGGUACCACCAAUUGGUAAGGUGAAAGGAACGUUGUUUUGUAACCCCCUUAAUAGAGGAGCUAGCCAGGUGGAUAUGACACAUAACGCGAAAGCAGGAGUGAUGGCUUGCGCUCCUGACAGAGGAUCUUCCAAGUGUCACCCCAUUUUUAACUCCACAGGGAAACACUCCCCUGGUGGCAAUUUGGUAAACACGAAUAUGCUGACCCCGAGAGAAAAAUUAAAAUUAAUAAAUGAAACUUCGAAAGAAAUUGCAACAAAUGAAGAAUCUGAUAUGGAUGAGAAAAUACCUGAACAUGUUCAGAAAAUUAUGGAAAGAAGAGAAUAUUUUAAAACAAAAAAUAAGUUAACAAAUAAUGACUCAAAAAAAAGUAUCAUUGGAAUGAAAAAAAUUAAACCAUUUGUUCCAUCAGAGUGUAGUGAAUCCUUUAGAAACACCUUUUACACAAAUGAAAAUAGCAAAAAUAAGAAUAAUGUUUUUUCCCUACAAAAUUUAAGUAGUAUGAAUAUUUUGAGCCCCAACAAGGGGAGCAGUAGUGGUGCUGCGAGUGGUAACAUUAUGGGCAUCGUGGAGAGGGGACUGAAUAGCAAUGCGUUUUCUCCCCUUGGAGGAGAGGCUCCACAUAUGAUGAACAGUGCUGAUCAUUUUAAGAUGGCAGGCAGUUCAAACAACGGUGCUGUCACUUUAGGCUCUUACCCCACGGUGAAUGACCGCAGCACCAUUUUUAAGGACUCCCCAGUGGAGAGGCAAAACAGAAGCGAAAUGCACACACAUAGUAACAGGGCGAAUUUUAUUGUAUAUAAAAAUAUGCCACCUUCGUCAAGUAACACCAUGAUGGAUUGCACUUUUGCGAGUGAAAAUGCACAGGAUGGUUAUAACCCCAUGGCGCCGACCAAAAAUUUUAACAGUGCAGUUAAUUCAGGCGGGUUAACCAACAGGGUGAAUAGCAGUGGGCCAGGAGGAGAGACCAAACCAUCAGGAGAAUCUCUCAUCAAGAUGGAAGAAGAGCUAAACAGACAAACCGAUUUUAUUUCGAACAUCUACGCAAGUUUAGGGAAAAAUAAUUUUAUUUAUGACAAUCGUGGAGAGAUGGACUCGACGGUUGAUAAGCAGAGAGGUGACCAUGGGGACGACGGAGUGCACCCCGCGGCCACCAACACGGAUGACGCCCCAUUGAGGAAGAGAAGCCUGGACUGCAUCAGUGGUACCCACCACGAGAAUGAUGACGCACGUGACGAUGAGUCAAACCCGUUCGAUAACGUCGAAAAUGGAGAAGACGACGAUCCCACGUGCGCGCAGAAGAAAAAAAGGAAAUUUGCUCCCCAUGGAAUCAACGAGGAACUGCUUCCAAAGGAAAACAGAUGCAUUGACAUAUCCAACUGUGUUAAAGAGAUUAGGGACUCCAGGACGUUGGCGGACAUUUCGGCCAACUUGAGCAAGUACACCCUGGAGAGCGAACGAAUUUUGUGCGACAUAAUUAACGACACUUUCAAGAUGUCGCUGAAGAUUUCUUCGCUGAGCGAUUUACCCUUUUUGUUCGAGGACUUCCCCUGA